CUGUAAGUACACGGCUCCUGUACAGUCUGCAGGUGGAGGUAUAUACGGUUGUGGUGACAUCAGGAGCGCUGGGGGAGGGGACAUUACUAUUAACCCCUUCAGGUUUCUCCAAUCCAGGAUCCUCUGCUGAUAUCUUCUAUAUAAGAGAAUUCUCCUGGAUGACCCAUCAACCAUGGAGAGAGACAGGAACAAGAUGGCCGAUAGGAUCAUAAACCUCACCCUACAGAUACUCUUCCGGCUUACUGGAGAGGAUUACACAGUAGUGAAGAAGUCCUCUAGUGGGCGCUGUCGGCCCCCUGUGUGUGAAGGAUGGGGAGGAACCCUGAGCCCAAUCCCGGGGCCCCCACCUCACUCCCUGAUACAUGAGGAAAUGGAUGAACAGAAGAUCCGAGAACUCAUCAACAAGAUGAUGGAGCUGCUGACUGGAGAGGUUCCUAUAAGGUGUCAGGACGUGGCGGUCUAUUUCUCCAUGGAGGAGUGGGAGUAUGUAGAAGGACACAAGGAUCAGUACAAGGAUCAGGUCAUGAUGGAGGAUCAGCAGCCCCUCACAUCACCAGUCAGACCCAGUAAGAGAACAGCACCAGAGAGGUGUCCCCGUCCUCUUGAUGAGCAGAAUAUGGAGGACAUUACUACAGGGAAUGAUCUGAUCUAUAUUAAUGCUACAGACAUAAAGGAAAAAGGAGAGACGGAUGUGAGCGGUGAUGAGAAGUAUAAGAAAGACAUUCCUACAGGUAAACGGCCAGAUUCUUGUAGCAGGAGAUCAGAGGAGAAUCUUAUAUCUUCAGAUUAUAAAGCAGAUGAUGAUAUCACACAAGAUACAUAUGAAGAACAUUCCAUUAUCCCAGAUACACCCUCAGCCCUUCACAGCCAAGAUCUGUCAUCUCCUCCUUAUAUACAGGUCCUGUCUUCUCAGUCAUCACAGGAUGUUCAGCAAAAAAAAGAGAAGCCAUUUUCAUGUCCACAAUGUGAGAAAUGUUUUACUUGGAAACCAGACCUUGUUAGACAUCAAAGAACUCACACAGGAGAGAAACCAUUUUCAUGCUCAGAAUGUGGAAAAUGUUUUACUCAGAAAUCAGACCUUGUUAAACAUCAAAGAACUCACACAGGAGAGAAGCCCUUUUCAUGUGCAGAAUGUGGGAAAUGUUUUGCUGAUCAAUCAAGUUUUAUUCAGCAUCAAAGAACUCACACAGGGGAGAAGCCAUUUUCAUGUGCAGAAUGUGGGAAAUGUUUUACUUUUAAAUCAGGUCUUGUUGUACAUCAAAGAACUCACACAGGAGAGAAGCCAUUUUCAUGUUCAGAAUGUGGGAAAUGUUUUACUGAGAAAUCAGGUCUUGUUUUACAUCAAAGAACUCACAUAGGGGAGAAGCCAUUUUCAUGCUCAGAAUGUGGGAAAUGUUUUACUUUUAAAUCAGGUCUUGUUGUACAUCAAAGAACUCACACAGGGGAGAAGCCAUUUUCAUGCUCAGAAUGUGGGAAAUGUUUUACUUUUAAAUCACAUCUUGUUGUACAUCAAAGAACUCACACAGGGGAGAAGCCAUUUCCAUGUUCAGAAUGUGUAAAAUGUUUUACUCAGAAAUCAGACCUUGUUGUACAUCAAAGAACUCACACAGGGGAGAAGCCAUUUUCAUGUUCAGAAUGUGGGAAAUGUUUUGCUCAGAAAUCAGAUCUUGUUAAACAUCAAAGAACUCACACAGGGGAGAAGCCAUUAUCAUGCUCAGAAUGUGGUAAAUGUUUUACUUUUAAAUCACAUCUUGUUGUACAUCAAAGAACUCACACAGGGGAGAAGCCAUUUUCAUGCUUAGAAUGUGGGAAAUGUUUUACUUCUAAAUCACAUCUUGUUGUACAUCAAAGAACUCACACAGGGGAAAGGCCAGUUUCAUGCUCAAAAUGUGGGAAAUGUUUUACUCAGAAAUCAGAUCUUGUUAGACAUCAAAGAACUCACACAGGAGAGAAGUCAUUUCAGAGCAAUAAAUGAUGCUGAUAACACAUCUAUAUAUUAUCCAUGUACAUAGGACAGAUGACAGUAAUACAUAUAUAUAUAUAUAUAUAUAUAUUUAUAUAAUAUACAGUCAUGGCCGUAAA